ACAUUCAAAGGCUAUUUUCUCAAAUGUAAGGUUACAAGUUCAUCAACUUUCAAAGCAGAAUUACUUUCCCAUUGUUCCUCAAAGGCAGUGUAUGAUAUACCAUUGUGUAGCUCUGUAUCUCUGCUUUUAAUCCAAUGAAAAAAACACAAUUUCAAAUCUUACUAGUAAGACAGAAUCAAGGUGGUCGGUCACAUUUGAGUGUCCCGGAUUUACGCUUACUAUGUUACGUCUAGUCUGAGACCAUACUGAACUCUAUUGCACGGCUGGCAUGUCAUUCUCUUGUACUUUUGAGCAGAGUAGAAGACCGGAAUUGAGCUCUUACAAAUCAGUUGAGUUUAACCGGGCGCACACUGCGAGAAUGAGAGAAAUAGUUCACAUACAAGCCGGACAAUGUGGGAAUCAGAUUGGCACCAAGUUUUGGGAAAUUAUCAGCGAUGAACACGGAAUCGAUCCGGCAGGAAACUAUGUGGGUGACUCAUCACUUCAAAUCGACAGGAUUAAUGUGUAUUACAACGAAGCGUCCUCAGCAGCACACAAGUAUGUUCCCAGAGCAGUCCUUGUGGACUUGGAACCUGGGACCAUGGACAGUGUCCGGUCAGGAACCUUUAGACAGCUAUUCAGACCUGACAACUUUAUCUUCGGCCAGACAGGUGCAGGGAACAACUGGGCCAAGGGCCACUACACUGAGGGUGCAGAGCUAGUAGACUCUGUGCUGGAUGUGGUGAGGAAGGAGUGCGAGAACUGCGACUGCCUCCAGGGCUUCCAGCUAACCCACUCCCUGGGUGGGGGCACAGGCUCGGGCAUGGGCACUCUGCUCAUCAGCAAGAUCCGCGAGGAGUACCCCGACCGCAUCAUGAACACGUUCAGCGUCAUGCCUUCUCCCAAGGUGUCGGAUACGGUGGUUGAACCGUACAAUGCCACCCUCUCUGUGCACCAGCUGGUGGAGAACACGGACGAGACAUACUGCAUUGACAACGAGGCACUCUACGACAUCUGCUUCCGUACCCUGAAACUGACCACGCCCACUUACGGAGACCUCAACCACCUGGUGUCGGCCACCAUGAGCGGCGUGACCACCUCACUGCGGUUCCCCGGUCAGCUCAACGCCGACCUUCGCAAACUGGCCGUCAACAUGGUGCCCUUCCCCCGCCUGCACUUCUUCAUGCCUGGCUUUGCACCGCUAACCGCCCGAGGGAGCCAGCAGUACCGCGCCCUGACGGUGCCGGAACUCACCCAACAGAUGUUCGAUGCCCGCAACAUGAUGGCGGCGUGCGACCCACAUCACGGCCGCUACCUCACCGUGGCCACUGUAUUCCGCGGGCCCAUGUCCAUGAAGGAGGUGGAUGAGCAGAUGCUGGCCAUCCAGAACAAGAACAGCAGCUACUUCGUGGAGUGGAUCCCCAAUAACGUCAAGGUGGCCGUGUGUGACAUCGCACCCCGCGGCCUCAAGAUGGCCUCCACAUUCAUUGGCAACAGUACAGCCAUCCAGGAGCUGUUCAAGCGCGUCUCGGAGCAGUUCUCGGCCAUGUUCCGCCGCAAGGCAUUUCUGCACUGGUUCACCGGGGAGGGCAUGGACGAGAUGGAGUUCACUGAGGCAGAGAGCAACAUGAACGACCUAGUGUCUGAGUACCAACAGUACCAGGAGGCCACGGCCAAUGACGGGGAAGAGACAUUUGACGAUGAGGAAGAAGAGCUCAAUGAGUAAGGAGAAUGUGGACAGAAUUUGUUUUGAAGUGUACUGUUUUGAAAUGUGACAUUUUUUUAAUGUCCGGAGGUCACGGAAGCAGUGGUGGAAAUAAAGGCUUUGAAACAAAUCUGUUAAGUUUUCAUCUGGGGGUGCUUUGUGAUAUGUUGUGUAUUUUCAAAUCUGUAUGUACUUUUCUCAAUUCAUGUUGGUUGUGGGCAUGUUAUGUUUGAUGGUUGCUGCGUAUUUGAUUAACACAUUGGGAGGCUGAUUUGCAAAGCUUCUGCUCUCGUCUCGUUCAAAGGGGAUGGAAGACAAAAACAAAGGCAAAACAUGAAACUGUCUUGAUUAACUUUCCCAUAUCCAUCUUUCUUUUGGCUUCAACUAUUGUGGUUGUAUACCCAUUAGAAAUAUAACAUGUUCCUAUUUACAUCUUACAUACGUACGUCUCUCUCAUAAAAUAAGUUACAAACCUCAAAGGGACUCUUCUUGGAUAAAUAAAGGUUAUUCUAUUGUAUGACUAUGAUGAUGGAAAAUACAGAAAAGUGCAUUGUCAAUAGUUUGCUAAUCAUUCUCGCUCCAUUUUGUUUAGACUUUAUUAACUCGCAUUUCUAUUUAGGGGAUUAAGAAAGGGAAACAGCCAUUGCCCAAACCAAGUGCUUUGUUCAUAUUCACCUCAGUACCACAACAGACAGGCCUCAAUGCUCCUAUGGUGGGGGCAAAUCACAACAACUGCUGGGCAAGGCAUUCUCUAAUUAGAACUGUGGAGCUAACAAUGGGGGGGGGACUCCCAGUCUGCACUUACUGAACUAUUUAGAGCUAUUCAUGGCCUCAAUGAGUCUUCUGCAAUUCACGUACUAGCUAACUGCCCCAGUCCACUGCUAAAUAUUAGAGGCAUUGAUGUGAAAAAAAGAUACCCAAGUAGCCUAUGUGUGAAAAACUGUACACAUUUAACAACUUC